AUGCCACCCAACCACGGUCUCACCCACCUCAAAGAAUACGAUAUCAAGGAUAGCAAUGUCGAACUCAUCGGCACUGAUAUCGACCACCGGGUAAAGUACAACUCCGCCCUCACCGAGCCCGCCUGGAACGAUGGCCACGUAGGCAAGGUCGCGGGCCUCUACAUAUGGCGAAUCGAAGACUUCGAGGUCGUUGUGUGGCCUAGAGAGAGGGCGGGUCAAUUCUACGACGGCGACAGCUACAUCGUGCUGCAUUCGUACAAAGUCGGGGAGAAAGAGGGGCAGGAAAAGCUGGUACACGAGAUAUUCUUUUGGCUGGGGAGCAAGACCUCGCAGGACGAGGCAGGAACUGCGGCGUAUAAGACAGUUGAGCUGGAUGAGUAUUUGGGAGGCGUGGCAACGCAGCAUAGAGAGACGCAGGAGCAGCCUUCGGAGGACUUCCUCGAGCUGUUCCCAAGGUUGAGGAUCUUGUCUGGGGGCAUUAAAUCGGGCUUCAAGCAUGUGGAGGAAGAAGCGCCUAAGGAUGUCACGACACUAUUGAGAAUAUUCAAGCACCCUGCUGGUCGGGGAAUCGUAGUGGUUGAGGUUGAGCCGACAUACCACAGUCUUGACGAGGAAGAUGUGUUCGUUUUGGAUAAGGGGGAAAAGAUAUGGGUCUGGCAGGGCAAAAAAUGCAGUCCCAUGGAGAAGGCAAAGGCAGCGCAGGUCGUUAAUGAUAUGACGUUAGCGAAACACAUCGACGUGGAGGUUCUUGCACAGACGGACUCGAGGUCGAAGGUAUUUAUCAAUUUGCUGGGCGGCGAGGGCAUCACGCAAACCGAAUUUAAAGCUGCCAGAACCAUCUCUUCGUCUCCCAGUACUGCGAAGCCGCGGCCCAGGAAGCUUUUCCGCCUCAGCGAUUCCUCUGGGCAGCUAUCUUUUGACCUCGUCAAGGACAGCCAACCGGUCAACAAAGACGAUUUCGACGGUAACGAUAUCUUCCUUCUUGAUGUUGGGAAAGAGAUUUGGGUCUGGCGAGGACUCGGUGCAAGCAGAGGGGAGAGGGCUUCCUGGCUCAAUGUGGCACAGUCGUACCUUCGACGACUCCAGGAGCAGUCUGGAAGUUCUGACGCGAAUGCUACGCCGUUCGCAGCAGUUGUCGAGGGUAACGAGAGUCCAGCUUUCCUGAGAGCAAUCCAAGUUUGA